AUGGACGACCCCUUUGUCACGCAACAGCUCCGGCUGGUGAUUGUCCAUUCCUUAGACACAUUCAACUACUGCAACGCAGAGUUUGCUGCUGAGCACUUAGUGGCGCUGAAUCCCUUGGACCCCGACCUGCUCUAUUUGUACACACUAGUGCUCUACAGACAAAACAAAUUUAAGCUGGCGUUCAACAGGACGUCUUCAGACUUGGCCCAUUCACAUUUGGGAUGUUCAUACAUUUACGCUCGCCUGUGUCUUCAUUUGGGCAAAUACAAGGAGGGCGUUCACACGUUGGUGAGUCUUCUGCCGCUUUACAAUGAAACAGCCACAAGCAGCUCGCUGGAGUCUCGAGACCUGCUGCUUCCAUGGAAUGCUCUGCCUGAACCAGAAGACCCAGCUGCAUUUUUUUCUCUGCCAAAACAGCGACACGAUUACGAGACUAACAGACGUUUAUACCCUGACCUGUCUGCGGUGUACCACCUACUCGGAGACUUGUACAAAGCCAUGGGGGACACAACAAAAGCUGCGUUGAAUUAUUCUACAGCGCUCAAGUACAAUGCAUUUGACUUUGAAGCGUUCCAGGAAUUGGCCCGCCUCGGUGCUGACGUGAAGGUGAAGAGCAUAUAUAAGCCCUCCCAGCGCCGGACGCUGCCUCUGCCUGUACUCGAACCCAAGAGCACGAACACUUCCGCCACUACUAGUAACGCCACCAACACUAAUGACUCGGCAGGGAUCUCCAACCCUUUUGCCACGCCGAGGUUGGCGAAAAACGUUGACAUUUCCACUCCUCGCAUCCUCAGCGCCUCAGUGCCUGACGCUCCUUUGAGGCGACCUCAGAACGAUGAGUUUAUCAAGCCUCCACCGCCACAAGCCUUUGGCCAGCAACAACAGGUGCCUCUUAUUCAAGUCCAAUCGCAAGCUUCAAAAAAGCUGCAUCAUUUCUCUAGAAAGCCCUCAUUUGCACCUCCUAAUUCAUACACCCGGCAAGGUCUCAAACGCAACUCGUCACAGAGCUUUGUAUCCGAGACUAGACUGCCGUCACAAAAGGACGUUGACGCAGCGGACCUCACUCUCCGGAAGCUAUACUCCUCAUUGGCGAAGGUAUACAAGUGUUUCUGUAGGUACGACUGCUACAAAGCAAUUCGUCUUUUGGAGUCAAUGCCGCAGCAUAUAAAGGGAACCCCUUGGGCUCUUAGUAAGCUAGGGCGUCUUCAUUUUGAAAUUGUCAACUACAAGCAAUCCAGAAGGUACUUUGUGCGGUUGCGCCAAGCGGACAGAACCAGACUCGAGGACAUGGAGUAUUACUCCACACUUCUCUGGCACCUACAAAAAAACGUUGAGCUCACGUACUUGGCAAACGAGGUCCACGACAUUGACUCACAACUGCCAAUCACAUGGUGCGUCAUGGGCAAUUUAUUUUCCUUGACCAGAGAACCAGAUGAGGCGAUAAAGUGUUUUGACAAGGCUAUCAAGCUCGAUCCCCAAUUCACCUACGCUCACACCCUCAAGGGCCACGAGUAUUACUCUAGUGAUAACUACGAGAAAGCGCUCGAUUGCUUCAGGUUGAGUCUCCUCUUGGAUCCUCGUCAUUACAACGCGCUCUACGGCAUUGGCAUGGUAUACAUAAACUUGGGGGAGCUACAUAAGGCCGACUUCCACUUCAAAAAAGCCGUUUCCAUUAAUCCCAUCAACGUGAUUCUUAUCUGCUGCGUGGGAAUGGUGUUGGAGAAGCUAGGUAAAAAAUCGUUGGCGUUGAAACAGUACGAUUUGGCUAGUAAGCUCCAGCCACUUAGCGCCCUCCCUGCCUUCAAAAAGGCAUCGCUACUCUUCUCUCUACAGCAAUUUGACAAAGCUUUGGAGCAGUUCGAGCUUGUCAAAGAGCUUGCGCCGAAUGAGGCAUCUGUCCAUUUCCUUCUUGCGCAGCUUUACAAUAUCCAAAACGACAAAUACCUGGCUAUACGAGAGUUCACCAUUGCCUUGAACCUCGAUUCAAAGGGCAACUACCUAAUUCGUGAGGCCAUGGAGAUGCUUAAAGAAACGUAA